AUGAAUCUCGCGCUGUCCGCGGCGCUGCACAACGCCUCCGAGGGCGCGGCCGUGGGCUCGCCCUUCCUGCCGGCCAGCUUCUUCAACGCCACCUCCUGGUCUGCGGGGGCGGGCGCCAACGGCAGCGUCGCCGCCGCGCCCGACGUGGGCGACGUGCCGCAGGUGCCCGCCUACAUCCGCACCGCCUCCACCGUCGCCUGCGUCAUCAUCAUGAGCAUCGGCGUGGCGGGCAACGCCAUGGUGCCGGCCGUGAUCCUGCGCAGCCGCGACAUGCGCAACUCCACCAACAUCUUCCUGGUCAACCUCAGCGUCGCCGACCUGCUCGUGCUCCUCGUCUGCACGCCCACCGUCCUCGUCGAGGUCCACUCGCGCCCGGAGGUCUGGCUGCUCGGAGAGACCAUGUGCAAGGCGGUGCCGUUCGUGGAGCUGACGGUGGCGCACGCGUCGGUGCUGACCAUCCUGGCCAUCAGCUUCGAGCGCUACUACGCCAUCUGCGAGCCGCUGCGGGCCGGCUACGUGUGCACCAAGGCGCGCGCGCUCCUCAUCUGCCUGCUCGCCUGGGCCCUCGCCGCCCUCCUCACCAGCCCGAUGCUGGUGAUCGCGAAGGUCGAAUACCACGAGUACGCUGACGGGUCAGAGUUCGCGGCGUGUCUGAGCGAGGCGGCGACGGCGUGGCCGCGGCUGUUCUUCGCGGCGAGCGCGGCGCUCUUCUUCGCGCUGCCGCUGCUGCUGCUGCUGGUGCUGUACGGCCGCAUCGCGCGCCACCUCGUGGCCGCCACCGCCCCCGCCGGCAGCGCCGCCCCCGCCGAGCCGGGCCCGGCGCGCGCCCGCCGCCAGGUGGCGCUCAUGCUGGCCACCGUCGUGCUCUCCUUCUUCCUCUGCCUGCUGCCCUUCCGUGCCUUCGCCCUCUGGGUCAUCUUCGCGAGCGACGAGGCCGUCGCCGGGCUCGGCCCCGAAGCUUACUUCAACCUGCUCUACUUCUGCCGCACCAUGCAUUACGUCAACUCGGCGAUGAACCCCAUCCUGUACAACCUGAUGUCUUCCAAGUUCCGCGCGGGGUUCGCGCGGCUGUGCGGCCUGGGGCGGCGGCGGCGGCUGGCGCUGCUGAGGGGCGGCGCGACUUCGGUAACAUCCAUCUGGAGUAGUGCAAUCAGAUGUAAUUCCAGCAGCAUUCAGAGACGAAGUUUUGCAACAACUGCUUGGUCAUGUGUUAGCAGUCCUGUUAUCCUGGUGGCGGAGUACGGCACGGAGGAGUACUUCGACGGCUCGAUGGUGCCCGUGUGUUUCUCCAUGGUGGACUCGUUCUGGCCGGCGUUCUUCUUCCUGGCGACCAUCGCCGUAUUCUUCCUGGUUCCGCUCAUCAUCCUGGUGGUACUGUACGGCGUCAUCGCGCGGCACCUCAUGGCCAACCCGCGCAUCAUGUCCGUGCAUCAGCAGCUGCACUACAGGUACCGCAAGCAGGUGGUGCUGAUGCUGGGCACGGUGGUGGCGGCGUUCUUCGUGUGCCUGCUGCCGUUCCGCGCCUUCACCGUCUGGAUCAUCGCCGCGCCGCCGGAGACGGUGGUCUCGAUCGGCUACGAGAACCACUACGGGCUGCUGUGCCUGUGCCGCGUGAUGCACUACCUCAACUCGGCGGUGAACCCCAUCCUGUACAACCUGAUGUCGUCCAAGUUCCGCGACGGCUUCUCGCGGCUGUGCUGCCGCUGCGGCUGGGCCGGUGGUCCGCUGGGCCGGCGAGGCACCGGGCUGUCCUCCAGCGCGACCGCCACCACUGUACGCUCCUCGGCGGGUGACUCGCUCUGGAGGCGGCCGGGCCGCGCCUCCUCCAGCUCCAGCCGCAGCCGCAGGGCCGAGCGCCGCCUGCUGCACCACAUCGCCAGGGAGUGCUCCGUCUCCGUCCACAACGGCGUCUGCGCCGUCAAGGCCGGCCGUGCCAAGGACGUCUCUUACCUGUGA